CUGACCGACAAAAAGCGAGUAUUUCUCACUAUCUUUCCACUGGAAUUUGAAAGGUUGUUACCUCACCACAAUAUCAAGCGCACAAUGAAGGUCCUCUUUACAGUCUUCGCACUUGUUGCCAUUCUAGCCGCUUGGGUCGUCGCUAGUAGACUGGGCCACAACAACUCUUCAACACUGUCGACAUCAUACAUUCCACCUUACAACAACAUCGGCCAACACCUCGCUACUUUUCAAAAGCAUCAAACGUCAGGACGAUGUUACUAUUUCAUCAACACAUUCACAAGAGAAAGCUGUUCCUGCGGGUGUAAUUGCCCUCGCAGUAUUGAUUGGAGUGGCUUUCUUGGGUUGUUUAGGUGCGUUCAUAGCUCGAUGCUCUACGUGGCGGAGCCAUUUGAUGCAAAGAGACGCUGGACAUACAUGGGAAGGAAGGGAAGGAAGGGAAGGGCUGGUUGCAGGAAUGUAGAUGCAGUGAGGCUCGAGGGAUGUUGGAUGUUCGGUAUUGGAUGGUAGAUAGGAACCGUGCUGUCAGAAUUACUGAUACUGGAUUGUUUGUUACGGAAUGCUCUUCAA